AUGAAUGCGAAUGAUUUGUUUGGUGGUCUCAGUGACAGCAGCGGGAGCAGUGACGAGGAGGACAAUUCUCGAAUGAUACCGCCAAAACACCAGAAUGUGCUUGCCGAUUUGGAGUUGAGUGAUGAAGACGAGGAUCUUGACGAAAUUGUCAAUGCAUCGCAAAACACCAACCGAAACACUUCGAAUGUCCAGCAACCUGUGAAAACUCCUCCAGCACCAAGACCGCCGGUCGUUUUUUCUCUCUCAGAUGAUGAUAACUCUAUGGAUAUGCCGGAUAUUGAUCAAAUGAUGCAAAAAAGGAACGCUGCGGCCGCUGCAGCUGCAGCAGAAGCAGCAGAACGAGCUGCGAAAGCUGCUGAGGCUGCAAAAGCUGCCGAAGUGUUAAAAGCUGCAGAAGAAAAGAUUGCUGCGGAAAAAAGAAGGAUUGAAGCCAUGUCGAGACCAGAGCCAUCACGCAAACAACAACGGCUAGACGAUCAACCGGGACCCAGUCAUUCACGAACUCGAGAAGAUAGUUUGCACGAUUCGAGCAUCUCACUUGAGAGUUUCGACCUGAGCAAGAUCAAUGAUUCGAAACUACAAGCUUUGAUGCAUCUUCAAAAAAAGCAAGAUGCUGGACCUGGCCCAUCAAGUCGCCCCGCGCCUUCAGCACCAACAGACCCUGCUAGCCGUGCGGAAGAAGAAAACGAGAUUUCUCGUUUGAAGACUCAACUACUUCUUUCCAACUUCUCGCAAGAGCAGCUUGAACGAUAUGAGUCAUAUAGAAGAUCUUCCUUCCAAAAGUCCACGAUUCGUCGCUUGAUCACUCAGUUCACUGGUGGUGCUAAUAUUGGUCAAAGUGUUGUCAUUGCAAUUGCUGGAUUGGCAAAGGUCUUUGUGGGAGAAGUUGUCGAAGAGGCUCUCGACAUUAGAGAUCUCAAUGAGGAGGAAGCGAAGAAACCUCUGCUGCCACAUCAUGUUCGACAAGCUUUCCUUCGCCUUGGAGAACAAGGAAAACUCUAUCCACCUCUUGGACCAAAAGCUUCACAAACGGAGUGA